GAGCGGGGACCAGCUGGUUACGCUGCGGCCGUGGGUCUCCACCCGAGAGUAUGGCGGCUGGGAUUGCGCUGGAGAGCCAGGGAGAGACGGAGACAUGCCAGAGAUGGUGAAAAAGAAACAAAGAGGCGCAAGUUCUUUAAUGAAGUGUCGCGACAGUUUUAGUUGGCGCUGCUUUCCUGAAGGGGGCUCCUGCUUGACUAAUCGCGCCUGCAGUUCAUUCUAGGGACUACUAAGCGUUUUUCCAGUGUCCUCGAUGGAGCAAGUUUGUUUUUUUGUGAUGCAUAGGCUACAGAGGGGUGAGCUAAGCAGAUGAAAACCCGCACGGUGCACAUCAUCGGGCGAUAUUUGCUUCUUCCCCGUGCACAUUUUGUGGACAAUUUCAUUCCUCGGAUGCCCGUAUAGCUGUCAGUGUCUGGCCUGCAUGGGGGAAUUUCUACAAUGAAAUCCAUCUUGGGGCACCGACUCUUUGUGCUCUGCCGUAGCUGAGCAGCGGCGAGCAGGACUGUUUUAUUGACAACCCGUUCAAAAUGGGACACGAAUGGUGAUUGUGAUUCGUGCGGGAAUAUUUUGAGUUCGUUUCAAUGACGCGCGGAGACUGAUACCCGAAACUGACUUGAUUUAAUCCACGAUGCGCGAGUAUAAAGUGGUGGUCCUGGGCAGCGGUGGGGUCGGGAAAUCCGCCCUCACUGUGCAGUUUGUUACCGGGACGUUCAUUGAAAAGUACGAUCCCACUAUAGAGGAUUUUUACCGCAAGGAGAUCGAGGUGGACUCCUCGCCCUCGGUGUUGGAGAUCCUUGACACCGCUGGUACCGAGCAGUUCGCCUCCAUGCGGGACCUUUACAUCAAAAACGGGCAAGGAUUCAUACUGGUCUACAGCCUUGUCAACCAGCAAAGCUUCCAGGACAUAAAGCCGAUGAGGGACCAGAUCAUAAGAGUGAAAAGGUACGAGAAGGUUCCUGUCAUUCUGGUGGGGAACAAGGUGGACUUGGAAAGCGAGAGGGAGGUAUCGUCCAGCGAAGGUCAGGCCCUGGCCGAGGAGUGGGGCUGCCCUUUCAUGGAGACCUCGGCCAAGAGCAAAACCAUGGUAGACGAACUGUUCGCAGAGAUAGUUCGGCAGAUGGACUACGCCGCCCAGCCAGACAAGGAUGACCCCUGCUGCUCCUCUUGCAAUAUACAAUAGCCCCGGGGGCCUCCAGGAACGGGCCAGGCAAAAAGUCUACUUAGAGGAAGCUACUUCGACUCGCAGCAGAGAGAUACACACUUAAGAGACACACACACACACACACACACACACACACACGCACACACGCGCGCCAAUUAAACGGAAGAUAAAUUCACGGUUGAACGCAAUGGAUUUUAACUCUAUGGAGCAUAAAAUCAGCAGUGACAUGAUUCUUAAUAACGACAUUUGAGUCAUGAAUACAUUGUGAAGGAGGAAUGCCAGGAAUUUGCCGCAAGAGAAAUUGACAAAUGACGAUAAGGAGACAUGCCCUCGCCUUAUGUUACUGUCGUUUGUUGUUUGGGUUUGUUUUAAUCCUUUGAGUUGUGGGUGAAAAUCAUCAGCUGAAGAAUCACAAGUCAGGAUCUUUACUCUUUAGGUCGCUCUACAAUCUGCUAUAAAUGAUGAAAAAAUUUUUUCACACAAAACACCAACAUGCUUUUGUUGCCAUGACUCAAGUAGCUACUGUACACAAAUCCAAUAACAGAUUUCUUGGAUCCAGUUGUUUAAAUAUGAAAUGUAUAUUUCAUUUAUAGUAUGUACAAUAUUUCUCCCAGCUUAUUUUCCGCAGUGGUUGGUGAGAGGUUUUUCUACUCAUCACAGGGCUGAACCAAAGAGGUGACCUGAAAGCUCCUCCAUUUUCUUAUAUUUUUCUUCAGUUAAAAAAGGAAUGGAGAGAAAACGGUGGAUAAGUCAGUUUCUUUCUUGAAACAUUGGUGCAGUCAUCUCUUUCCUGUUUUCUCACUUUGAGAUACAGUAGUAAAUAUUGCAGAGUCUUUCACAUAUCGUGUGAUGUUUUGUUUUCCCUCUCUGGGGGACGCUUGACAGCAGAUUGCCGAGUAGUAAUGUAACUAACUGUUUCAUCCUGAUGGGACAAAGGGUUCAUCUUUUUAGUGUUUGAAUAUCUCUACAGACGAUUUUCAGGAAUGGGUGACAUUUAAAGUGAAGAUGCCAACAUUUGUCAUACUUUACAUUUCAUUUUCUCCUCCGGUAUCAAUAUGAAAUGGGGUGCUCAAGUGUUACAACAUACUGAUCCCGUUCUUUAUGUGCUCAGAGUGUUCAAAUCCAUAGUAACAAAUAGUAACGACGACGGCAAUGAUAAGAUUAAUUAAUGGUAGUGUAAAUAUUUUGUAUUGAAGGUGCCAGCUCCUGUGAAGACACUGACUCAACACAUGUGGAAUUGUCAACUGUAUGCAUGGCUAGUAAACAAAAAAAGGACUGUUUAAGUUUAAUAUAGGCUGUGGAAAUGUGCAAACCAAACACAUACACGUCUGGAUCUGGACACUGUCUCAACUGUACAUCUGUGUUGCCACGGGAACCAGACUUUCCCUGAGUAACCAUUUUCAUUGUUGAUUUUAUAUUUUUUUAUGUGACCAUUUACUCUUUAUUCCCUCUCUGAAUGGUGACACUGUUACAUUUGACACCUAAACAAUAAAAGUGCGUUCAACACUUGACUGAGA